UCAAGGCGGGAAAAGCGUGGGUGGCAGCGCCCCAGAAGAGUGACCACCCCACCCGCACGCUGCGCUCGCGCACGGGUGGGCCCCAGGGUCCCGGCUGUCACCGCUUAGGGGAGCAGCCAACACCACACUCUCUUGAGUUCGCUGCACCACGUGGUCAGGAGCAACAGUUUGUUGAACUCCUCAGUGACACCUUGAACUUUUCAUAAAGAAAAUGGUUAUUGCACCGGGAAGCCUUGGCCGGACGCGCAGCGCCGGGUCUCAUUGAAUAUUCAGCGAUGCCGUUCGCGUCUCCCUCCGCCUAGCGGGGUAGAAAUUCCACCGAGUCCGAUCCUGGACUUUUAAGUUAAUUUAAUGCACCCCCCCCCCCCGCGCGCAACCUUGGCUACUAACCAGCACCUUUAGGACGUGCCACGCACCCCUGAACCCCAGCUCCCGCCAGAAAAAAUGACAUUCGGCCUGCGCCUCCGGAGGGAUCUGGAUUUCACUUUGUAACUUUGUGUGGAACCCGAGCCCGGGUGGCAGCUCUGGUGGUGGUAUCGUAUGCAAAUACGCAUGCUGACGUUACAGAUCAUGUGGGUUUUGGCGUAGAUUCCCCACUGAUCGAGACAUUUUCCCCCUUUUUUUUUCCUUUUUUUUUCUUAAAAAAAAAAUUUUUUUUUUUUUUGGUCACUGUUCUCCGUCCGGGGGCUUUUUUUGUCUGUCUGUCUGGCAGGCUGGCUUUCCCCCCCACACCUACCCCCCCACCCCUCUUUCCCACGGAGCCCUAGCUGGUGCCCGGUGGAGUGGGGAGUGGGUGGGGGAGCCAGCAGAGUUCCAUUUUGGAGCCUCCGCGCCGCGUCUCCGCGCUCCCGGCUCCGGGUCCCCGCGCUCCCGGCCUCGCGCAGGGAAUUUUGUGUCACAGAAUUGAUUCUGAGCAUGCUUCCAACUUCGGCUGCAGCUGUGCUGUUCAGGGGAGCUAGAAGACUUCAUAUUUGUUCCUCAAGAGCAAGGGCUGAUGGACACACAAAGCCACUGUGUGGAAAUGCUUUGGAUCCCUCCAUGGGUGCAUGGUGGUGAAGCACUCACUGACUGCUCACUCUCAGAGUCGAUGUGUAAGAAGAUUCCCAGGAUGUAAGCAACACAGAACUGAUAUGAUGCUGCCUCUUGUGUUUAGUCAUUGAGCAGUCGUAGUUUGCUGUGCUGAAAUCACUCUGGAAACUCCAACACUAGACUUCAGCAUUCAAGGGAAGCCAAAGCCAUUUGGAAGGGGAGAGAAAGCCAAAAGCCUUUUAUUGUAUUUGUUCCAGAAGUUUCACAGCGCUUUUGCAGCCCACCUCCCAUCCCCCACCCCCAACAAGCCAUUGUACACUGACAGGCAGCAUGGCAAGCAAAAGAAAAUCUACAACGCCGUGCAUGGUUCGGACACCACAAGUAGUAGAGCAAGAUGUACCUGAGGAAGGAGACAGGGCCAAAGAAAAAAGAACCAGUGUGCCACAGCCCAACACAGCCAAGGACUGUUGGGCACCGGAACCUGAAAACUCUUCCAAAGAAAAUGAAGUGAUAGAGGUGAAACCUACUGGGGAAAACCAAUCCAAAAAACUCCAAGGGGGUUAUGAAUGCAAAUACUGCCCCUACUCCACACAAAAUCUAAACGAGUUCACAGAGCACGUUGACAUGCAGCAUCCCAAUGUCAUCCUCAACCCCCUCUAUGUGUGUGCUGAAUGCAACUUCACAACCAAAAAGUAUGACUCCUUGUCUGACCACAACUCCAAGUUCCACCCCGGGGAGACCAACUUCAAGCUCAAGUUAAUCAAGCGCAAUAACCAAACAGUCUUAGAGCAGUCCAUCGACGCCACUAACCACAUUGUGACCAUCACCACCAGUGGCCCUGGGGGUGGUGACAGUGAUCCUGGCAUCUCAGUGAGUAAAACCCCCAUCAUGAAGCCAGGGAAGCCAAAAGCUGAUGCCAAGAAGGUGGCCAAAAAGCCUGAGGAGGCCACCCCAGAGAGCCAGGUGGAUGGGACUGCCCACCUGGUGACAGAUGCCGCUGAGAUUCUCUCGAGACUUGGAAGCGUAGAUCUCCUCCAGGACACAUUAGGACACGUCACACCUUCUGUCCAGCUCCCACCAAAUAUUAACCUUGUCCCCAAGGUCCCCGUCCCUCUAAAUACUACCAAAUACAACUCUGCACUGGACACAAACGCCACCAUGAUCAACUCCUUUAACAAAUUCCCUUAUCCCACCCAGGCUGAGUUGUCCUGGCUCACCGCUGCCUCCAAACACCCAGAAGAGCACAUCAGAAUCUGGUUUGCCACCCAGCGCCUAAAACAUGGCAUCAGCUGGUCCCCCGAGGAAGUGGAGGAGGCCCGGAAAAAGAUGUUCAAUGGCACUAUCCAGUCAGUACCCCCAACCAUCACUGUGCUGCCUGCCCAACUGACACCCACAAAGAUGUCGCAGCCCAUCCUCCAGACAGCUCUACCCUGCCAGAUCCUUGGCCAGACCAGCCUGGUGCUGACUCAAGUGACAAGUGGAUCAACCACUGUCUCUUGCUCCCCCAUCACCCUUGCUAUGGCUGGAGUGACCAACCAUGGCCAGAAGAGGCCAUUAGUGACCCCCCAAGCUGCCCCAGAGCCCAAGCGCUCUCAUGUUGCUCAAGUGUCAGAGCCCACGUCUAAGAUGGUCAACCCUCCACUGCCAUCUCCCAGCGACCGCAAAAAGACGAAAGAGCAAAUAGCACAUCUCAAGGCAAGCUUUCUCCAGAGCCAAUUCCCUGAUGAUGCUGAGGUCUAUCGACUGAUCGAGGUGACUGGCCUUGCCAGGGGUGACAUCAAGAAGUGGUUCAGUGACCACAGGUAUCGGUGUCAAAGAGGCAUCGUCCACAUCACCAGUGAAUCCCUUGCCAAAGACCAGCUAGCCCUGGCCACCUCCCAACACAGCCGCACGUACCACGCCUACCCAGACUUUGCCCCACAGAAGUUCAAAGAGAAAACACAGGGUCAGGUUAAAAUCCUGGAAGACAGCUUUUUGAAAAGUUCUUUCCCCACCCAAGCAGAACUAGAUCAGCUAAGGAUGGAGACCAAGCUGAGCAGAAGAGAGAUCGACUCAUGGUUCUCAGAGAGGCGGAAAUUGCGGGACAGCAUGGAACAAGCAGUCCUGGAUUCCAUGGGAUCUGGCAAGAAAGGUCAAGAAGUGGUGGCCCCCAACGGUGCUCUGUCUCAACUCGACCAGCUCUCCAGUGCCCAGUUAGCCAGUUCUCUGCCCAGCUCUUCACCAGCAAUUACAAAAAGUCAAGAACAGCUUCAUCUCCUGAGAAGUACAUUUGCAAGAACCCAAUGGCCCACUCCCCAAGAGUAUGACCAGUUAGCAACCAAGACCGGCCUGGUCCGGACUGAGAUUGUACGCUGGUUCAAAGAGAACAGAUGUUUACUAAAAACUGGAACCUUAAAGUGGAUGGAGCAGUACCAGCAUAAGCUGAUAGUGAAUGACCAUGGCUACAAUGCCAUUGCAAGGAAAGCAACAAAAGUUGUCAUCACUGAGAGCCCAAAGAACGGGAGCGAGGUAGGUCCACAGCAUUUCAAGGACCCCAACAAGCUCUGUGAAGAGGACUUGGAGAAGCUGGUACCCAAGGUGAAAGCAAGCAGUGAGCAAGUGCAAGACUGUUUACCAGUGAAGUCCUCAGAGGCCGCCUCAGAUAGGUCAGAGAGCAACAGCCAGGAUGGCCAGGGGAGCGACGAGAACGAGGAAUCUGGUGUUGUGGAUUGGGUGGAGGUAACAGUCGGAGAGGAUGAUGCUCUCUUAGACAGCUGGAGUCAUAACCCAGUUGCAGGCUCAGCAGAACUGGCCGACUCAGACUCCGAGAGUGCCCCUGCUGAGACUAGCCAAGCUUAGACAGGGAUGUUGUCAGAACUGCUGUGCUGAUAUAGAAGAUGCUGUACCUUGAAGAAGAGAACUUCCUUCCCCGGCUACGGGCCACCCUGGCCAGAGACUCCAAGUGGAACUUCUCAGAUCAUGUGUGCCUGCAGGGUUCAGGAACCCAGAAGACCGGGUGGGAAUUGUUCCUAGUGCCAAAGUCCUACUACUGCAUUUUUCAAUGGGUCCUUGUAAAUACUUUGCUCCUCUGCCCUAGCCCCUGCCUCUUGCUAUACUGGAACUGAUUUGUAUUGAUGUAGGAAUUUUGUUACCUUUUUAAUGGAUGGCAACUUCCUUUUCCAGCACUACCAUUGUAAGGUUUUUUUCCAAGAGGGAGGGCUGAUCACAUAUGCUUUUCUCUUUUUCUCCUUUUUUUUUUUUUUUGGUUGUUGUUUAUUCAGAGUUUUUGUUUUUGUUUUUUUUAAUUAUGCUAGAGCAGGGCAGGGGGAAUAUUAGUAUUAGUGCCACUAUAUCUACUGGAUUCUAGGUAAGGAAGAAUUUAUUUUAAAAGAUAGUUUGACAUUUGGUAGAGAUUUCUGCUUGGGAAGGGCUGAAAUGGGGACAUCUGUUUAAACUAGAAAAGGGCUUACAGAAAGCAAACCUUCCAAAUCAAAUCCAUUUGUAGUUCUUCUCUCAGUCACCUGUGGGGUCCUCAUCUAGACAGGCAUCAGCUUUUGAGAGCUGCCAAAGAGGGAGGUCUGGGCUCUCAACUGCCUGGCCUUUUCUGUCAGACCUCGGACCCAGCCAGUGCCAAGAGGACUGACUGGUAGCAGCUGUCUCUCCCCUCUACACACCUUUUAAGAUCCCAGCAGAAAGUGCCCCUGUGUUGCUUAGUGUUAUCAUGGAUUUUGUGAAAUUGAAGCAAGAAGAGAUCUUCCUAUCUAGAUGGUCCAAACACUGAACAGAUGUGUUUUUGAUUUCUGUUCCUGCCUUUUCUAAGAGUGGUUAUUUGACAAAAUUUCAGCUUGAGGCCUCACCAUGAAUUGAAAUUAUUUGGUUUUUGGUUUUGUGUGUUUGUUUAGGGCCAAUUUUAGAUUUCUGAGUGCACUUUUUUCCAAUUAGUCCUAACUUUUAAAGAAGAAGGAGGAAAACAAAACAAAAACAAACAAACAAAAAACAAGAGACAUAUCUAGUGUAAAUGUUGUGAUAUGAACUGCUUGCAAUUUUUCCCCCUCCUUACUACCCUCAUUUGAGUACACUGCAUACAUAAAAUGCUAGGAAGUUUGGAAAAUGAAACUUUUCUAACUUGUUGCUCAUUUGUUUUAACUCAAUAAAGCAAAAACUAAACAUUUUUAUAA